AUGGCUAUUGGUACUAAACUGAGGAGUGAUGACAAUGAUCUGUUUGACAACCCAACUUUAUAUCGCAGCACAAUUGGAGCUUUGCAGUAUCUCACAUUGACAAGACCAGAUAUUAGCUUCACUGUUAAUCGUCUUAGUCAGUUUCUACAAGCCCCAACUGAGUUACAAUGGCAAGCAUGUAAACGUGUUCUGAGAUAUGUUAAAGGAACACUGCACUAUGGACUUCAGUUUAAACUAGCAAGCUCCCUGAAUAUUGAAUGCUAUGCUGAUGCGGAUUGGGGUAGCAAUGUUGAAGACAGAAGGUCUACUAGUGGAUAUUGUGUUUAUCUUGGACCUAAUCUAAUUCAGUGGAGCUCCAGGAAGCAAAAAGUUGUUGCACUAUCAUCUACUGAAGCUGAAUACAGAGCCUUAGCACAAACUGCCACAGAGGUUGCAUGGCUUCAAAGUAUGUUCACUGAACUCAGUCUUCAAGUGUCCUCAAAACCUGUAAUUUGGUGCGACAAUACAAGUGCCGGAGCCUUAGCUUCAAAUCCUGUCUUCCAUGCCCGAACAAAGCAUAUAGAAAUAGAUGCUCACUACAUUAGGGAGCAAGUUCUUGCCAAGAAUCUGACAGUUCAAUAUGUACCCUCAAAACUGCAGAUUGCAGAUAUCCUGACAAAAGCAUUGUCUGCUGUUCAAUUUUCUGAGCUGAGACAGAAGCUGAAUGUGGUUGCAGUUCCUAAUCUCUAA